AUGGCUACUUUUGCGACAAAGCGCCUAGGCAAGGAACUUGCUAAGAUCAAUAACGGCCUGCCUCCUGGCAUCGACCUCAUCUCUGCAGACAACUUCGAAGAAUGGCUGCUAGACAUUCAGGUUCUCGACAAGAAUCCUCUCUACGCAAACCAGAUUUAUAGACUGAAGUUUCGCUUCAGCUCCUCAUACCCCAUAGAGCCCCCAGAGGUUGUCUUCGUCAAGUUGCACGACCGCCCGAUUCCCAUUCACCCCCACAUCUAUUCGAACGGAUUCAUCUGCUUGGACCUGUUGGGUCAACAAGGCUGGAGCCCCGUGCAAAACGUCGAGAGUGUCUGCAUGAGCUUACAGAGCAUGCUGACCGGCAACACGAAGAACGAGCGUCCACCCGGAGAUGAGGAAUUCGUGCGGGGCAACCGUCUCAGGCCCAGGGACAUUGAUUUUUACUAUCACGAUAAUAACGUCUGA